CUGCUCAAGACGAGGGAGGAGCAGAGACCGAACUCUGCCGUCUCUUCCUCCUCCCUCUGCACCCCCACGAGCUCCAUGGCCGCCACCGCCAUGAUUGGGAUUACCAACCUACGUUGCCGCCACGACCCGCUCUCCUCCCUUCCCCGGGCUACGUCGUCGGCCGCCCGGUCCUGUACGCUGCUUCCUCCUCGAUGCCGCCGCCAUUCUUCUUGCUGCUCCCCUUCCUCCUCCGUCUCUCCGUGCCGGGCCCGGGUCCGACCAACAGCAGCACUGAAGCGCAUCCCUGCCGCCGACACCGGCUUCAUGGGUCCAGCCAACAAUGAGGCCACCACGCUUAAACGAUCAUCGUCGGCCGACCUUCGCCGCCGCCUUAUCGUCCCCAGCUCCACCGCUGGCACCGGACACGCCGCCAGUGCUUCCACAGGAGUGCUGCCCGCCAUUAUCGGGGUGGCGCAUCUGCUCGUGUCGCUGGGCAUUCUGCUCGCCAUGGACAAGUUCCUCAAGCAGGCAUUCGUCGCCGCGUCCAUCAAGUUCCCGAGUGCCCUUUUCGGCAUGUUCUGUGUCUUCUCGGUGCUCGUAGUCUUCGACACAUUCGUGCCUCCUCUCGCGAAGGCGUUCAUUGGCUUCUUUGAGCCCGCCACGCUGUUCAUCCAGAGGUGGCUGUCCUUGUUCUACGUCCCGACACUGGUCGUGCUGCCGCUCGCCGUCGGGGAUAUUCCAGCGGCCUCAGGAAUCAAGAUCCUUGCAAUCACUUUUGGUGGCUGGUUUGCUACCCUGACGGUGGCAGGAUAUACAGUGUUAGCCAUGCGAAAACUCGUGAAGACAGAGCUUCUUGCACCAUCGGAGCCCACGAAGAAGCCGUCGCCGUUUUCCACGUCGGAGAUCUGGGCAUGGUCAGCUAUAUUCGUCGCGUCGUUCGGCGUCGCAUGUUUCAAUCCCACGGCGUUUGGUACCACGGCAAGAACAUGCCUUCCUUUCCUGCUUGCUGCUAAUGUGCUGGGAUACAUGGUUGGUUCUGGGUUACCACCUGGCGUCAAGAAAGUGCUGCAUCCGAUCAUCUCCUGCGCACUCUGUGCAGAUUUCGCGGCGCUAGCCUAUGGGUACAUCUCAGGGUUUGGACUUGAUGCCGUGCUAGGUGCUUACCUCACAAAGGUGCCCUCUAAUCCUGGAGCCGGUGACGUACUAAUGACUUUCCUUGGGUCUGUGAUCAUAUCAUUUGCAUUCUCGAUCUUCAAGCAGAGAAAGCUUGUGAAGAGGCACGCAACAGAGAUUUUCACAUCAAUUGCCAUCGCGUCGACAUUCUCUCUGUACUCAACUGCUAUCAUAGGGCGCCUGAUUGGGCUAGAGCCAUCGUUAACCAUAUCAAUACUGCCAAGGUGUAUUACUCUGGCGCUGGCUUUGAGCAUAGUGUCUUUCUUUGAAGGUGUAAACUCUUCGGUAACUGCUGUCGUGGUUGUCCUUACCGGGCUCAUCGGUGCGAACUUUGUGCUAGCAGCCAUGGAGAAACUUGGUCUGAACGACCCCAUCUCCAGAGGAGUAGGGACAGCUUCCAGCGCUCAAGGACUGGGAACAGCAGCACUGGCGGCCAAGGAACCUGAAGCGCUCCCUUUCUGCGCCAUCGCUUAUAGUUUCACGGGGAUUUUCGGCACGCUGAUCUGCUCGGUUCCGGCAGUCAGGCAAAGCCUGAUAUUCAUAGCUGGUUAAGAGAUGAUCUGAAUUUGACGGUUUCAUUCUUUAGAUAAAAGAAGCAGCUUGCUUCCUCCCUCCGUGUUCAGAAGGUCAGGAAGCAACGCCCCACAUGUCAGGUCAGGAUCUAAUAUGUGUAGGGGCUUGAAAAAAAAAGGCGAAUAAUUCUGUAAUCAGGAUGUAACCGAAAUACUACAGUUUUUUUUUUCUUGUGACAAAAUACUACUAGAGGAAGGUAGAUCCGUU